CGCCGGAGCAGAGGCGGCGAUGGCGUCGCGGGGCUCAGCGGCAGCGGACGACGCCGUGGCGGUGGCGGUGGCCGUGGCCGGCGGCGGCGGCCCUCUGGUCGCGCGUACCCGGGGCCCCGCGGCUCCCCGGGCCCUGGAGCAGGAGCUCGGGGCGCUGCUGGGAUCCCUGAGGCGGGAGCGAGGCGAGACGGGGCCGAGACGCUCGAACAUGCUGUUUGCCAUAUGGAAUAAGUACGAACAUAAAAUCUCAACUGAAUUAUUCCGAAACAAGCUUCUCAGCACCGGGGAUAUACUGGUGGAAUUAAAAAACCAUAAGAUGGCGUUGAAUCUGUGUUACGGACGAUACCUCCAGUACAUCUACCCAUCUCCUCAUGACAUCGGCAACUUAAGCGAACUGAUGGCUCGCUUCUUCCCACGAGAACUCGGUGACAGCGACUGUGUACCUACGGUACGUGCAUUGCUGGGUUUCUGCACGUGCCAGUUUGCUUUACUGGUGGCAGGUGGUGGUGGCGGCGAGAUGAAGCGCAGGUGCCUGCAGCUGCUGUUCCUGCUGCGCCUCCUCACACAGGCACUGCUGCAGGACGAGCAACUUUGCUGGCUCCUCUAUAAUGGCACCGUUCAUAUAUACACCAUUAGCAGACACCUCAUGGAGCAUGGCCAUUCUGCAAAGGUGUGUGAGUACUUGCUGUGGGCGAGCGUGUGCAUGGAGAGCUCGGUGCCUCUACUGGACGUGCGCUACCUGAGCUGGCGAGCAACGCUGUACACAGCCGUUUGCCAAGCGUACUACGACUGCAAACUACCUGCACAGGCGGAGGAAUUUGCGAGGCGUGGUCUGGCGAAGAUAGCCGAAUUGAGUGAACUUGAAAGCCAGAGUUCAUCUCCCCACUCCAAUCAAGCUGAGAGUGCUUUCCGUGAUGCCACCAUCAAGAUGGCCAUUAUGAUUUUCAAGCACACAGUCUUUGAAUCCAGAAAGAAGCCAAAAGGGUUUUUGAGGACGAGAAUGAAGACGAACUUGCGCGACCCCAAAAUUGCGCAGGCGGCAUGGCCCCGCACAGGCACCGAGCGGUUGCUGUCGGAGCUUCUGGAGGGAGGUGCGGCACAAAUGGUGGCCGUCUUGGACGCCCUGUCGCACCGGGCCGCUGAGGAGUGCGCACCCCACGCGUUGGCAGGGUCUCCAGCCGCCGCCUUCGACCACGACUCUGCGGAAGUCUCUGCAGAGCUCUUCUUUGCCGGAGCGGAGAUCAUUGCAGGAGGUGGAGGAAAUUCUGAACGCAGAGGGGCCAUCCUGAGCUCCAACGUCCUGGCUGGCAUCAGAGAUGGACAGAGUCUCAUGGAAUUGGCAGUCGCCGGCGAGGACGGUGUGACUGAGGAGGCAACGGUCCGUUUCCUCAAGCUGGCCUUCUUGUGCGAACGGUGGGACAUAUUUGAGGGCCUCAUCUCCCCCACACUCGGCUACUUACAGACCAAGGGCACUACAGGACGAGGAGAGCUCCACCAGACCCUGGAGCUCUUGCAAACCUUGGAGCCACUCUUGUCUGGACGGAGAACAAAGCACGCGGGACUCACGUCUGCCAUGGACUCCUCCAUGGACGAACAAACGUUCGCCAAUGGGGCAAGACCGAAGACAGCUUGGAGUUUGGAUGAACUGCUCACAGCAGUGGAGAAACUGAAUGCUGCUACAGAAAGCCUGCACGCUACAGCUGACUUGACAUCAAAGGCAGUGCAGGAGGAGCGUUCUUUACUGACGGACGCUUCUGCACAGCUUUGGCACGGAUGCAAAGCUGCGCUGUCGCGGGUGCAAAUGAGAGGAGCGAACGACUCCGCUCGACAUCGGGUCAAGACCGACAGCCUCACUAAGCUGUGCCGAGCACUGUGUUCGCUGCACGGGACCAUGUGUGUGCUGGGCGUGGCACAGAAAGAUCUCCUGGCCUUGGUCGAAGCUUCUCUCCGUCUUUCCGCACUCCUACAGAGCAGCGCUGAACAGACUUUGCGACAUGCGUCAGCCCAGGCAAGCAGUGAGGCUGACAGGUCGGCUAGCAGCCAACGCAGCCUUCAAACAGAUAUGGUCACGAGCUACCGCGAGCAACUGUGGCUGGCAUUUGUUGCUCUGAGCCGGGCCCUGGAUGAAGUUGGUGUCGCGCGAGGACUCACUCGACCCCGCGGUGGCUCAGCCAUCACCUCCAUGGACCCGAGCAGGGGUGAUGCUGAGGGGUGUGAACCGGGUAUGGAGUCGAGCACUCGCACAGCACUGGAGGAAGAUCUGCACCUGGAGAUGCUGUGGGAGAGGCAUAGGGUGGCUCUCAAACUGUUGCACAUGCAGCAGCCAACCUCCAAAGCAGAUGGCGGUCAACUCAAAAAGCCGGGGAGAAGUUGCAGAGAGUGCAUUCCCAAGCAGCCUGGCACUGAUAGCAGCCUCACAGAGGAAGAUGUUCUAGCAACAGUCGGACGCAAUCCCUUAUCCAAGGCAGCGUUCAUCAUGCAGAAAGCCCUACUCGAGGCUUCUGCUCCUGCCAAGGCACCCAGUGAAGUCGCUAAGAUGUUGGAGGGUGCGGCUGGCCUCAUCCGCAAGGCAGAGAUGGAGAAGAGCGGUUUUCAUCUGCCGGGACGUGGCACGCCCAGGGGUCAGGGGGCCGUGCCACCCCCGCCCCUCCUGUUGCGGUGUGGAGAACGCGGCGCGGUGUUCACCCCUGUGCCCUUCAGCGGCUCACCGCAGGUGGUGUGGUACCGACUGCUCGGGCGCACGGCCGCGGGACACAACGUGAAAGUGCGGCUCAGUGACUACCACCUGCAGGCCACUGGAGAGGAGGUGCUCGCGGGCGAAGGGUGCCUCCUCCGUGCCGAGGGGCUGCAGCCUAACGAGAAGUACGUGUUCGCGGUGGCGGCAUACGCUCGCGACGGCAGCCUGGUGGGGGGCACCAUUGGGGAGACCACUCGCCCUAUCCUGGCAUCGUGCCCCCUGCCCACACUUUUGGCAUGGGCCUAUCUGGCGCAGGUGGCUUUCCAGACGCGAUGUUUCACCAUCGCGAGGUCAGCAUGCACACUGCUCUGGGAUCAUUUUGUGUCCUCGCCAGAGUCUGAAUCUGACUCUGAAGACUCUGUGAAGCGGUGGAGGCUGCGGGAGGAGGCAGUGAGUGGGGCGUCGCCCAUCCUUCUCAGGCUGUUCGUGUCCAGCGUCUUCAUCUCGUGUGACGUGACCAUGGGGGGUGCAUCUGUCUCCUCGGAGAAGCGCGUUCCCCUGCAAUGGCAGAGCGCCCGUCUGGAGGAGUGCGCACGUGUGCUGGUGGCGCUGGAGCUGUGUCAUCAUCAUCUGGACGAGCCGGCGCUGACCUUGCAGGCCGGGGCCACGUGUCACGGGCUUCUGGCGCCUUUCAUGUACCACGGCGUGACUUCAAGAGCCGCGGCAAAGGUCCUCUGGUUAUGCCUGGAUAUGAUAAAGGCAGUCCCGGCAUCUGUCCGUGUGCGCAAGCAAGCGGGCUUCAGUGAGAGUCUCCAGCACAUGGUUGCGAAAAUGUCAAACUACCUGGCCAAGGCGCACUGUGAAUGGAAUGAGCCGGACAUCGCUGGUGAUGCCCUGGAAUUGGGAAAGCGUCUCCUUCGAGAAGACCUUGAUGGCUUGGCCCUGCCCUCGUCUCUCGAGAUGCCCAGGGCGACCGACAGGCAGGAUGUUGGCAGUAGCACACUGCUGGAGUCAAGUAUCGGAAAAAGACUCACGAUUAAAAAGCAGCUGGCACCCAAAGAGGAACGCAACUUUACUGCUGAAUUAAACGCAUUGGAGGCUUUUGCGCUAAAGAUCUCGAAACAAGAUGUCAAAGCAGAUCUCACAGGACUUGAAGAUCCAAUGGUGCUGCAUUCAUGUAUUGCGAAACUACCUCUUAAGAUGGCGCACAAGGAAGUGAUGAAGUUCCACCGACACCCUCGUUUCCUGGAGUUCUUCGUGCAUUUGCUCAACCGAGCUCUUUCUGAGGACGCGGUGGAGUUGGCGGUGGAGUGGGGUGAAGACAUUCAAGUUUGGCUCAUCAGACGGAAUGAAUUGAUUCUCGGCCUCAAACCAGAGCUGGAGAAGAUGACAGGGCUUAUCAGAGUGGGCACGGAUGAUCCAAGGAAACAGGCCAGUAUCAUUGCCGACUACCACAAGAGCCUGGAGCCUCAGCUCACAAGCAGAUCCACCGUGGCCCCAAAGAGAUCCGUCCCAGGGAAAUUGUCGAGGCAGAGGGAGAGCAAAAAGCAGCACGAGAAGAAGGCUCUGGAGCAGCUGACAGGAGCGCUCACGAGCUUCGUUCGACCGCUCAUCCAUCGCCAGCGACUCCGCCAGGUGUGCACAAAGGAGUGUCUCUGGCGGAGUCGCUUUAACCAGCUGCUGGGCUGGUGUCACCUCACUCUCUUCCUGCGCAAGUGCGAAUGGGUGCAGAGACACAACAAACCGGGGCUCUGGAGCGACGCAGCCGUGGACUCCAACAUCUUCUCGCUGGAGGCGUCAGGGGUCGUGGUGGCGAUGCCGGAAGUCCCAGCCACGGCUCGAGAUGGCGCCAAGGAGACAGAAGUCACCAGGGCGGUGACGGCGCAAAAGUCCGCGUCCUCCCAACGCCGCGUUCUGGCCAUGAUGAAGGUCGCUGGCAGUAACGGAGGGAGCGAUGACGAACACGAUGAUGACGACGACGACGAUGACGACGACUGUGAUGGUGGCGGCGACGGGAGCGGGAGGUCAGGAUCCAGCUCCGCGGACUCGUCGCACGGAGAGGCGAGGUCCAAGAGAACUCGGAGGAGCGCCGGAAAGGAUGACGAUCCCGGGGCUUCGCUCGUCGAGCUGACGGAGCGCCUCACGGCGGCCUGCACGCACCUCCGCAGGGCCGUCGUGCUCGCUCACCGGGGCGGUCACCGCUCCCUGCUAUGGGACGUGAGCCGCUCACUCCUGGACUGCGUGCGCUCCUCCCACGAGUCCCAGCGGCUAGAGGAAGAUGACGGCGGUGGCGGCGGUGGCGCUUGUCACGUGCCGGCGAGGACCCAGCGAGAGGUCGUCUGGUUUCCCCUCUUCCUCGCCGCCGACUCGAUGCUGGAUCGAGUCACGCGGACGCAAGGACGACCCAAAGACAACACUGUGGACGAGGAACAAGACUACGAUGACGAUGAUGGCGACGGUUUAGAGGGAGGCGAUGCCGAAAGGACAGCCAUGAUGGACCUCCGAUCGCUGGUUCUGCGGGCUCUGGAAACUCUUCAUCGGCAGUGCAAGUGGGAGCACCUGGCUCAUCUUGCGCUGCGUUUCAACGAUCUCACACGGAAUCGUCACGCGGAGCAGGUGACACCGCUGCUCGUUCACGCACAGUGGCGCUUGCUGGAGCGCGUCAGAGACAGUGGCGGCCCCGAACCACCACAGCCCCACCUCCUCCUCCUCGCCGAGCAGCAGGGCGGACAGAAGAGCACGAGCCACAACUUCGUUGGAGAGCAGCCGAUUGUGGCAACCAUGUCCAGAGACUCCAUUGAGCCAGGGAUGCUCAUUGACCCAGCGGGACGCAACUUAUAUGCAGGAGGGUUGCGUGCGCGCCAGCUCGCAUGCGUCCCUCUCCACGUCGACGAUACCCUGCGUCGCUUCCGCGAGUCUCUCUCCCGCCGCCCGUAUGCCCACCGAGCCCUCGCUCACUGCCGCCGCCUGCUCGCACUCUUCCUGGCGUCGGCGCUCGGUGGAGGAGCGGUGGCAGACCGGCGAGGUGAGGGUAGGACAUCCGUGCGAGCGUCGGGCCUCACGGUGGCAUUCCGGCUUCCAGCUACGCAUAGCCACGACCCCAGCCCGCCCGACUUGGCGAGUCGAGACUUCUCCUCGGCCGAAGACGUGGAGUGGCCUCCCCUUCCGCGGGCGCAAAUCAACAUCGUGAUUUCCGCCUACACCAAAACCGUGGAGCUACUUGAGUCGGACAAGCAGCAGAGGUUGAGAGCGCAUGCGCUGCAUGAGCUGGGGAAUCUGCACUACCACUCUGGCAACACCAGGGCUGCAUUCACUUGCUGGUCUCAGGCUCUCGAUGCGUCGCUGGGUAUCAGCGAUUGUCUCGGGAGCUGGAGCGACGCCGUGGCACGGGCGGCCGGGAAGGAGGCUUCGGGCGACGCCAGCUCUGCGCUUCUCCGUCUGGGCGGCGUACGCGGGUGUCUGCUAGCGGCAGUGCUCGCCUCAAAGAUCGCGCAGUUCAUCCUAACGGCAGACUUUGCCGUGAGGAUACGGUGCAGUGUACUUGCAUCGAUGCUGUUUAAGGCCAUCUUUCGCGCAUCUCUCCCGCACCCGAAGGCGGACGUGGACUACGCUCGCUACGAGGUUGAUGGCGGUCAAGGUUCGCCGGUACCCGGGGUCGAGCCGCUGACGCCGUCGCCCACGCCGGGCGGCGGAAGCCUCGACGUGGGGACCAUCGUGAGCUGCCUGAGCUUCCUGGCGCGGCACCUGCACCGUGCCGGCCUCCUGCUGCCGGUCCUUCCACUGCUGGCCCUUUAUCAACACCUCGUGUGCUCCAUCUGCCGGGACGUGCAGCGGAGUGUGGAGGGCAGGCUCCUCAAGGUGAACGUGCUGACGGACUUGGCGCUGUUUGGAGACGCGUCCCGCGAGAUGUGCACCGUCCUCCUGGGGGAGAAGUUGCCCCUGCCCGUUUUCCCCGGCUUCAAGGCGAUCGACAGCAAGCCGGUGGCUGCGGCGGCAGUGGUGGUGGUGGCAAGCAUGCAGCUGGAUACCUCGAAGGCAAUCUUAACAGAUGGAAAUCUUCAGGCGGUGGAGCUGCUGCUGACUCAGCCCUUGUCUCCGGCGCUCGAGAGCGCCCUUGGGCCCCGCCUGUGCUACCGCGUGUCCCUGACGAGGGCCCGCCUGCUCGUCCGUCUUGCGGCGGCCCUUGGAGGGCUGCCCCCACCCCGCGCCGCCCUCUACGGCCUCUUCACUCCGCCCCGAGAGACAGGCAGCGAGAGUGACCUCUCCAGUGACUCCUCGUCCCAGCUGAGCGCUCGCACGCGGCCGUCGUCCAGAGGCUCCGCCGCGAGGGAUGAGGAGCUCGUGUGGCAGCUGGUGGCCCACAAGGAUCAGCUGACCCCAGAGGUCGUCAAGGGCAUCUUGCUGCUGGAGGCCGAGGCGGUGCUGGGGUCCGUGGACCGGGCCCUCGUCGCUGCGCGGCACGGGAUCGGCGAUCGGCGCUCACUGCGGCCCUCUCAGCUGGAGGAGGCGGUGCUUGUUCACCUGGAGGCAGCACGCGUAGCCCUGGAGAGACACUGGGCACCCGUCAGUGCAGCCAGGGCCAUCUCUGCCAUGAAGCUGUUGCAGGAGGCGCGGGCGCUGGGAGCGGAGACAGCGAUUGAGGUCGGAGGCUGGAGGCUCAGGGACCAGGAGCGGGACGUGGAGGCGCGUGGACGCCUGGAUCUGCGGCUCUGGCUUGAGUGUCGACUGAUGGUGGCAACAGCGCUCACACAGUGGCAGCCAGACCCUGCUGCAGGGCUUGGUGAUGCCGACGCCCGGAGGUUUUGCAAGGAGGGCCUCGCUGAGAGUGAGGCGUGCGGAGAUGUCGAGACACAGGCAGAGUUCAUGUCCCUCUCUGCCCUGCUCGACUUCCAUGAAUGCCGUCCCAUCGCAGGCAUCAGAAGUACACUGCAGGCCAUCCUGGAGCUGCUGGAUCGACCUGCUGAAAUGCUCUCCCAGAGGGCCCACUUGCUUCUGGCCGAGGUUACCGCACGCUUAGCGGACCUUGCAUGUGCGGUUGACGAGGGCCCCGAGACGGAACUCCGGCAGCAAGACCACGCAGUGGAAAAGGAUGACAACGACCUCCCAAAGCUCAGCGCUCCUGACGGGGGAUCAUUGCCUUUCAUGGCAGAGAGCCUGAGCCUCUGCCUAAAGGCUGAGCAGAUUGUCUUAAGUCAGGUAAGAGAACUCGGCUUUGUUGGGGACAUCAGUAACUCCUAUCUACCACACGUCAAUAUGCUGGCCAAGAUUAAGCUAAGGAUAGGCUGCUUCCAGGCCGUGGAAUCGAGCCAGGCGCUCGCUCCGCAGGGAGGGGAUGGCUCCGAGUGGCUCCGCGCGCUCCACACGCUCGACUCUGCGCUGCGUCUCUGCCACUCGGCCUCCACGCAGGAUCGCGACCUCGCCGCCGAGAUCCUGCUCCAGAGAGGCAACGUGGAGUGCAGGAUCGCGCUGGGAGGUCACUGCGACCCACGGACCGCCGUGCGCACGCUGCUCAAGUCCGUGGACGUCAGCCAAGGCGCCUCGCACCAGCUGUGGAUCAUGAAACAAGCCUACUUGGAGGCGGCCCUGCUCUUCUGCCGUCUGAGCGAAAAGACUCGGGCGAGCGAGGCUCACACAGAACAGGAUGCGGUGGCCGAGAAAGGGAAGACGGAUCCUGCAAAGCAGCCAAACAAGUCCAAGGUUGUUGUGCGAGGCCGGAGUCAAGCGCUGGCGGAACGGGGGCUGUCGGUGUCGGAGCGCUACAGCUUGUUGGCAUGGAUCGCCACUCGGGCAGCCACCCAGGUGGGCGAGUGCUGCCUGGCGUGGGGGAGGCUCCUCUCCGACCAAUCGGGGGAUGUCCUGGGGAGAGAGGUCGCCCUCCAUCUCCCAGAAUUCAUGCUUCUGGACCUGGUUGCUUCGCACAGCCUUGCUGCGCCUGACGCAGCGGAGCCAACGCUGGGAUUCAGGGACGAGACCGUGUCCAGGUGUCGCUCCCGAGCCGCCACCCUCACCUGGGCUCAAGUGUUGCGCUACCGAGGAGCGAUCGUUCGUCGUACGGACCUCGCCUCGCAGCUCGACUACUUCCCCGGGCGCCGGCGGGCCGCCAUCGGCGGCUGUCUCGUCCGAUCGCCGCUCAACCUCGGGAGCUGCCGCUUGUUUCUGCGAGCGGGAGCCGUUCACCGCUUCCUGGCGGAGCGGCUCGCGGCGUACGCGGCUGGGCCGUGCCGCGCACCCCCCGCGCCGCAGCAGCUGCUGCACACUCCGCCGCACGCCCCCAGCGCGGCUAGCCAGGAAUUGGCAGACGCGCUGGCUAAGGCUGACUCGCUGACGGGUUUGGUGAUGAUGCAGCCACUCACGCCACCGACUGUCCAAGGAGGAGAGGGGGCUUCCGAGACAGACCCCGCAUUUGGAGCCAAGAGCAAUGAGCUGUGCCUGCAGUGGCACCAGCCUCUGCUGGAGCCCUUGAGACCGACCAAGGAGGUGAUGCUGUUCACCGCCAGCAACACGAGGCCCUUUCGCGUCAUCGACGUCAGAACGUGCGGUGCGGCCGACGCCAGCUGUACCUGCCGCCCCGUUCUGCUCUCCAGGCUGCACGCGCUGAGCCCUCGCCUGGCGUCGCUGAGGUCGCAGGGGUCCUUGCUCGCGGCAGACGAACCCUCCUCCUCGCCACACCCUCCCGCCCUACCGUUGCCCGUGCCUCCUGGCCACGGAUCGACCGUCGGGGAGAGGCAGAAGCCGGCGGCGGCGCGGCUAAAAGCGGCAGCUGGCGCCGACGGAGCGAACCUUGGCACGGUGAAGCUGCAGGACCUGGCUAGGGAGUGCGCUGCGGAGAUUCAACGCUUGCUGGGUUCCCACGCGGAUUCCGAGCCACUUUCAGAGAUGCCCUUUGACCUUUCCCAUAAUGCCUUGCGGAGUUUGGAGGCAACGUUCAGCACAGCCAGCGGGUUCCGCGUGACGGAGGGGCGACUUCACGACUGGCUCGGCAAACUCCUGAGCCAGAUGCCGAACGGCCUACGACAAUAAUUAAGAUGAAAAAUCGGCCCUUGCAAAAAAAAUAAACCCCAAAUUAUUUAUUCUGCAGCAAUCGUAAGAAAAAUCCAUACAGCUCUACGAGAUGUUAAAAUCAUUAUAAUGCAGAAUUGUUCGUGGAAUAUUGAAAAAACGCUGUAUUUUACUUUCUAAAUAAUCUAAUUGUUUUGUCUUUUAAAAUCCGUUUUGUUAAAAAAUGUUCUGACUCAUUUAUUAAACAAAUUAUAGAUGUGAAUAAACAUAUAUACCUAACUUA